CUGUCAAGUGGACUAUGUUACAGAAAAAUUGCACAAGAGUUUCUUGUUGGAAAAUCGACGGUAUCGAAAAUAAUAAGUGAAACUGCAUGCAUUAUAUGGGAUAUUUUACAGCCACAGGAAAUGCCGGAACCUUCUGAAGAAUUGUGGCUAGAAAUAGCAAAACGAUAUUAUAAAAAAACCAACUAUCCUAAUUGUAUAGGAUCUAUCGAUGGCAAGCAUAUCCGUAUUAGAAAACCACCAAAAAGUGGGUCUAACUAUUUUAAUUAUAAGAAGUUCUUCUCAAUUGUUCUGUUAGCCGUAGCAGAUGCAAACUGUUCUAUUAUAGCUAUUGAUGUAGGUGCUUGCGGACGAAAUGCUGACAGUAAUAUAUUUAAAGAAAGUGGUUUUGGCAAAAAAUUGGCGUGUGGGUCUCUGAAGAUUCCUAACUCAACUAAAUUGCCUAAUUCAAAUGGAUUGCCCCAACCUUUCGUGUUUCUUGGAGAUGAGGCAUUUGGAUUACAAAAGCAUAUCUUGAGGCCUUUUCCUAAUAAAAGUUUAAAUAAGGAAGAGCGAAUUUACAAUUAUCGUCAUAGUCGAGCUAGGAGAUGCGUGGAAUGUGCAUUUGGCAUCCUAACAAGCAAAUGGAGAGUUCUGCAUACACCGAUCGCUACUAAUGUGAAUACAACCAUCGCUAUCGUAAAAGCUGUUUGUAUUUUACAUAAUUUUGUCAUAGCAAGAGAACAAGCACAAUAUGCACAAAUUUCGCGACGUACCUCAAUAACUCUUACAAGUUCAAGGAGCCAAAUUAUUACUGUAUCAAAUUCUGGAAAAAUAACAAGAGAAAACUUUAAAAACUAUUUUCUUAACGAAGGAAAGCUACCCUGGCAAGAGAAAUAUUUGUAA